GCGCACGUAUCCACGCAUUUCACUCGCAAUCGCUGACCACCGACCGGCGUCGGUGCAUGCAGUUUGUAGUCGGCCGCCGUCCACGGUGAUGGACUGACUGUACACAGAUUCUCAGUGGUUUCUUAUACUGGUGCAAGCGCACGGUGCAGCCAGCAAGCAGAUUAAGCUAGCUUAGGAUCAAUAUCUCGAGGUGAUUGAUGCCGCCGCCGCCGCUGGUCUCGCUCGCCGUCGUGGUCCUGCAGGCCGCCGUGCUGCUGCUCGCCGAUGCAGCUGACCAGACGGGCGGGCUGCCCAACUGCGUGACAACCUGCGGCGACGUGGCCGUGCCGUACCCGUUCGGCGUCGGCACCGGCUGCUACCACUCUCCGGGGUUCAACCUCACCUGCGACACGACCCGCGACCCUCCGCGCCUUCUCCUCGGCGCCGACGGCACGUUCCAGCUGCUCAACAUCUCCCUCGCCAACGCCACCGUGCGCGCAGCGCGCACCGGCAGCGUCAACUUCAGCUUCGUGGGCACGUCGUCCAGCUCCGUCAAUGGCCGCGGCGAAUGGCGAGGCCUCGGCAACGCCGGGCCGUACGCCCUGUCGGACGACGGCAAUGAGCUCGUGAUCGUCAGGGGGUGCGACGUGCUCGCCCAACUCACCGCCGGCGGCGGCAAGAGCAACGUCACCAUCAGCGGGUGCGCGUCCUUCUGUCCCGGCACGGACACGGGCCGCACCACCCUGUCCGUAAGCGACGGCAGGUGCACCGGCGUCGGUUGCUGCGAGAUGCCCAUCAGCAUCGGCCUCGCAUCCUACGACGUGCAGCUCCGGCGGCUGGACCCGAGCCAGUCGCUGCCGCCGGACACCAACUGGCCGCCCCUGGUGCUCAUCGCGGAGCGAGGGUGGCUUCAACAGGCCGCCGCCUCCACCAGGGGCGCCCCGCUCCCGGUCAACCUUGACGAGACGCCCGUGCCCGUUCUGCUCGGCUGGGCCAUCGGCUCCGCCGCUCUCGGGCAAGACGGAACGCCGCCUAACGGUUCGACGUGCCCCGGGGACGCCGCACGCAGUGCGUGCAAGAGCGCCCAAAGCUCCUGCCGCAACGUCUCCACGGCCACGCGCAGCGGCUACGUGUGCGACUGCCAGAACGGGUACCAUGGCAACCCGUACCUCACCGACGGAUGCCAAGAUAUCAACGAGUGCGAGCAGCCAGAGGAGAACGGGUGCUUCGGCGAGUGCAUCAACAUGGCGGGAACGUUCGAGUGCAGGUGCCCGCCAGGAACCCAUGGCGACCACACCCAACGCCAUGGAUGCGUCAGAUCUUCUUCUCCAAGUUUAAGCAUCGGCAUAGGGGUUAGUAGUGGCGCAGGCCUUAUGCUCCUGGUCCUCGUUGCAAUCCUCAUUACCCGAAAGCAUAAACAGCUGAAGACUAAAAGGCUGAAACAAAAGUUCUUCAAGCAAAACCGUGGACAACUGUUGCAGCAAUUGGUAGCUCAAAGGGCGGACAUUGCGGAAAGGAUGAUCAUACCAUUGGAGGAGCUUGAGAAGGCGACAAACAACUUCGAUAAAGCUCGUGAGCUUGGCGGCGGAGGGCAUGGCACUGUGUACAAAGGAAUUUUAUCGGACCUCCAUGUUGUUGCCAUCAAGAAGUCAAAGAUUGCUGUUCAAAGGGAGAUCGAUGAGUUCAUAAACGAGGUUGCCAUCCUCUCGCAAAUAAACCACAGGAACAUCGUCAAGCUCUUCGGAUGUUGCCUUGAGACAGAAGUGCCUUUGCUCGUCUACGAGUUUGUAUCCAAUGGAACCCUGUACAGCCAUCUUCAUGUCACGGAGCCAAGAUCACUGUCGUGGAACGAUAGGCUCAGGAUCGCGACGGAGACAGCCAAAGCUAUCGCCUAUCUUCAUUCAGCUGCUUCAGUCCCUAUAAUCCACAGAGACAUCAAAUCUACCAAUAUACUUGUCGAUGAUGCUCUAACAUCAAAGGUCUCAGACUUUGGAGCUUCAAGACACAUCCCGGUCGAUCGAACAGGGGUAACGACCAAGGUGCAAGGAACAAUAGGAUACAUGGAUCCUACUUACUAUUACACAAGGCGGCUCACAGAGAAGAGUGAUGUUUACAGCUUUGGAGUCGUUCUCGUCGAAUUGCUUACUAGGAAGAAGCCAUAUUCGUAUGUGUCCUCAGAGGACGAAGGUCUCGUUGCCCAUUUCAUCGGCCUUCUCGCGUUGGGUAGAAUGGUUGAAAUAUUGGACUGGCAAGUUACAGAGGAGGGAGGGAAACAGGUUGAACAAGUCGCCGCGCUGGCAGCAACAUGCGUGAAACUGAACCCAGACGAGCGACCGACCAUGAGACAAGUGGAGAUGGCACUCGAAAGCAUUCAGGAAAAGGAGCGUGUUUUAGAUAAUGAUGUGGCAGCGGAAAUUGAUAUCAGAAGGAGAUCUCCAUCAGACCCUCAAGGAAGAAGAAGAAGAAGCGUGCAGGACAUGACUAGGCAGUAUAGCUUGGAAGAAGAGUUCUUGCUGUCCGCAAGGUACCCUCGGUAGUUUAAAUAUGUGUGUGUGUGAGAGAGAGAGAAUGGAAUAGAUCACAUCCCAGCCGCUACUUUACUUAAUUGUGCUGAUGUUGAUGUACUCAAUUUCAUAAUCACUGCCUAAUGUUGUCGGUAUACCUUCGUCUGUGCAUCGCUUUCACACAAGAGUAAGUUUAAAUUUACACGUAACAGCAACAAA